AUGCUCUUUCCUUCCCUCCCCCAACUUCUCGCUCCGACUUCAACUCACGUGCAAGUUGACUUUGCGUUUCGCCUGGGCGACGCAGAGUUCCGCAGGCGACGCCAGCGGGCACGAGUAGACUGGUGGAUUAGGUGCUCCGCAGAUUAUCCCUGUGCCCGUUUACCUCCACCCUUCCUAUCAUUCUUGCGCAUCACCUCCGUCAAGCCAUUUCCGAACCCUCCGCCCGCUGCGCUGCUGGGAGAAGUUGACCAAAAUUCUUGCUCAUCACCCGCCAUCUUCAAGUCAUUUCCGAACCCUCCUCCUCGUUGCGCUGAAAUUCCCGUUCCCUCCAGAACGAGAUUAUCUCACCGUUUCCGACCUCCACCCUUCCUAUCAUUCUUGCUCAUCACCCGCCAUCUUCAAGUCAUUUCCGAACCCUCCUCCUCGUUGCGCUGCUCAGAGACCUUGACCAAAUUCCCGUUCCUUUCAAAACGAGAUAAUCUCACCGUUUCUGACCUCUCGUCGCAUGUUGCGUUACUGACCGUCCUUUACAGUCCCUCAAUAGAGCUUUGCAAGUUGGCAGUUCUUGGAUGGCGCGGUAAGAGGGUGAGUCGUUUCGUGCUGGGUUGUUGGCUUGCUGAUGUCGUUGCCCCCAGUGGUCGGCCUAGCAAGUUGACGGAUUGGCUAAAACGCGCGGUUGCAGCAACAGACUCGUCACCAAGUCAAAGUCUUGCGCCAUGUUCAACAAGCGCACCGAGUUCGAUCCCCUCCCUUUCCCUCCGCAUGCUCACCCCCGUUUACAGGCCGCCGCCUUCAGCGCCCAGUGCGCGUUCUGCUCAUCAUCGAGAUUUGGCGCUGACCACCUGCUUGCUUGCAGCGUCGAUUUGGCGGGCGGUGGAGAGGGAAAUCACGGCUCGGGAGACCACUGUAGACAGAUACGGCGCCGUGCCGUUGGCCUGGGGCCGUUCGCGGCUGUGCAGUUGGCGCGUCUUGAUGGUGGCGACGCUCGUGUGCCGGAGGCCGCGCCAGCGAGGCGGGGAUGGGAGGCGGGAGUGGUUCGUCAGCAGCACGUGCCUUCGGGUGACGGACCCGACAGGCCACUUGGGCUGGGCCAGCGCGUUGGCAUCCUGGGGUCAGGACCCUCUUCAGUCCGCAUGCGGCAUUCCGCGAAGAGAUCCCCUACUUCGUGCAGCGCGGAAUCCCGCGGGACCUUCCUGCACAGCAUGUCGAUGCAAGCAUGUCGCUUCCCAUCUCCCCUCAGACGAGCAGCGCCGAGCACCACCCAUCGACACGCGCACCACUCACGAUGGCGACGAAUGCGUUCCCAUGGGCGGAUUCUUGGCGGCGUUCCUGACCACCACGGUCCGCAGCCCGAAUGUCCGCGUCGUCGACCGCGUCGUGUGCGAGCUGGACAGGGCGGAGCGGUUCCGGGUUAUUCAGGCCAUCAACGCGGACGAUGACCUGCGGGACGACCGGCUGGAGGCGCAGAGGCAGAGAGAGAAGGCCGCGCUCGCCGGAACGAACGGGCAUGGCGAUCAAGGUGAUGAGAAGGAGAGCGGGAGUGGCGCGGACGCAGGGGUCCAAGAGCAGGCGCCGGUCGACGAGGCCGAGGCCGUCGCCAUCUUCCGCGAGCUGAUAUCGAAUGAGGCGGAGGAGCACCUCCUGGUUGCUAAUUUCACGUACGACCUGUCCCGCGUCGGCGAGGUCCACGACGUCCGCGAGUACCGGGCGGAGGCGGAGAGGAUUGCAGCGAUCGUCGCGGCGUCGCUGGCGCGGAAGGAAGCGGAAAAGAGGGCGAUAGCUGAGAAGGAUGCAGCAAGGUACGAUACGCGAACGGCCGAGCUUCUGCACGGCCACCAGGCCGCGCGGGCCACAGGUCUCCGCAUACGGCGAACCAUAACGCGCAGUGCUGCCCGGGCGAAAGCGCUGUUCCGGCGGAUACUCUUUUCCGCUACUCGACAUAGACAGGCGGCGGCUCGGCGGCUCGAGGGCGGGCGUCGCCAGCUGAAACGCGAGCUCCACGAUGCGCGCGCGCAGUUGUUCAAUGCUGGUGAGCGCGUCCUGCAACUGCGCCUGGAUCUCAGGCUCCUGGCCGUCGUCCCCCGCGGGCCCGGGCCUGCUUUGGCGGCUGAUGAUGGUGCGCCCGCCGGCUGA